AUGCUUCUGGUACUUGUGGUCUCUAGUGGGUUCCCAAUGGGCACUGACGCUAUGAAUGACUUGCUGGUCUUUAUUACAAUGUAUCUGCGCACUGGGCAUGCAAACAAACUAAAGAUAAUACACGGGCUGUCCAUUUUAUUUGACUCUGAUGCAAACUUGGAGGAGGAGCUAACUGAUAAAAUACUUGAAGGAUUCAAUUCAGACUCUGCCGCCGACGCAUGCAGAGACUUUGGAUACUCCUUGCUGCUUGUGCAAAAGGAAAAGAAGGAAAGCUGCAAGAUCGUAUUUUUUUCUUCGGGAAACAUCUCGCUGAACUUUAUAAAGUGUGCAUUCACCGCAAGAAAACUGGACAUCCACGUGGACUGCAUCGUUCCAUUUGAAAGCGCCGUAUCGCAGAUCUCAGACGUUCUGAGAAGGCCUGCAUUUUGCACGUCUUCAGGCGACUCCCUGUUUGAGUACUUGCUGGGAAUCCUCUCCCUGGGCCUUGGGAGGGUAUCGAAAACCAGCGCGCACAGGCUCUGCAUAUGCCACAGCAAAGAAAUAACCAUAGGCUAUCUCUGCCCAAUCUGCUUGGGGCUGUACUGUAAAUUUGUUCCGCUGUGCAAGCACUGCAAAACCCGCUUUAUUUUCUAG